AUGGAGGGCGCGCUGGCAGCCAACUGGAGCACCGAGGAGGUCAACGCGAGCGCAGUGUCUCCGGGGGCGGAGGGCAACGGCACCGCCGGGCCGCCGCGGCGCAACGAGGCCCUGGCGCGCGUGGAGGUGGCGGUGCUGUGUGUCAUCCUCUUUCUGGCGCUGAGCGGCAACGUCUGCGUGCUGCUAGCGCUGCGCACCACGCGCCACCAGCACUCGCGCCUCUUCUUCUUCAUGAAGCACCUGAGCAUCGCCGACCUGGUGGUGGCCGUGUUCCAGGUGCUGCCGCAGCUGCUGUGGGACAUCACCUUUCGCUUCUACGGGCCCGACCUGCUGUGCCGCCUGGUCAAGUACCUGCAGGUGGUAGGCAUGUUCGCCUCCACCUACCUGCUGCUGCUCAUGUCGCUCGACCGCUGCCUGGCCAUCUGCCAGCCGCUGCGCUCGCUGAGCCGCCGCACCGACCGCCUGGCCGUGCUCGCCACGUGGCUGGGCUGCCUGGUGGCCAGCGCGCCGCAGGUGCACAUCUUCGCGCUGCGCGAGGUGGCCGACGGCGUCUUCGACUGCUGGGCGGUCUUCAUCCAGCCCUGGGGACCCAAGGCCUACAUCACGUGGAUCACGCUCGCUGUCUACGUCGUACCUGUGAUCGUGCUCGCUGCCUGCUACGGCCUCAUUAGCUUCAAGAUCUGGCAGAACCUGCGGCUCAAGACGGCGGCGGCGGCGGCGGCCCAGGGGCCCGGGGACGCGGCGGCCGGCGCGGCGGCCGGCGGCGGGGCGCGCGCGGCCCUGGCACGUGUCAGCAGUGUCAAGCUCAUCUCUAAGGCCAAGAUCCGCACCGUCAAGAUGACUUUCAUCAUCGUGCUGGCUUUCGUCGUCUGCUGGACGCCGUUCUUCUUCGUGCAGAUGUGGAGCGUCUGGGAUGACAACGCGCCCAAGGAAGGUAGCGCUGGGUGGGGACACGGGAGCGGGGAUGGCGAGGCCGGGCGAGGCCCCAGUCCUGCUGUCCCCGAGCUUCCAGGGUUCCGGGGGCGAGUCUGA